AAGAAGCGAAGAUUCGGAGGAAAGACGAAGAAGAAACGGAUCCAUGUCACGUGACAGGGAAAAGCAUCCUUUUCGUUGAUCCUAGGGUCUCUGUUCAACCCAACAAAAUGACCAAACUACAGUUUUUAAACGUCUUUCUGACUGAGCGCCUCAUGCUUGCUGCACAGGAGAUUUACAAAUCUGUCGAGGACACUAUUCUGGAGUACCAGGAAGAGAUAGCGAUCAGGGAGAGGGAGAACGAUCAUCUGAGACGGAGGCUCCGAGACGCUGGGAUAGAAAUAUGGCCAGAUCGCCCGUCAAUGGCGCUGUUGGAGGAAGAGGACAGUGAGCAUCCACGUCGAGAGUGGAGUCCCAGUAUGGGGCAUCAAGAGCGCAUUCCUAUUCAGAUCAAAGACAAAAGGGACAUGAGACCCAACCAAGGAGAUGGUCAGCUUCAAGGACAUGGCUCCUGCAGCACCACAGAAAACUUGUUCACCCCUCCCCGUGUAGCGAAUGAAUACCCCCAGGAAGGACCCCACACAUCCAGUAUUCCUCAGAAUCAGGGUGUGGAGAACAGGGAGCGGGAUCCUGCGUCUCGUAAUGUGUCGAGGCACGUAAAGGGCGAGAGCGGAGUUGCUCACAGGGGUCCUACAUCAUCCGGUGGCGGCGGUGCCCAGCCUCUAGCACCAGUCAACCCAAACUGCUCAAAUGAGAGCAACAUUGACAUUAUUGCUGCCGAGAAUGGUGGACAAAUGGGUGGAGCUAAGGGAGCUGUGGCCGGCGCCAACAGAGAACAAGCCCCUCUAAUGAGGAACCAAGGAGGCAAUGAUUUGGAGUGCCCCCAUCAAAAAUCCCCCCUCCAGGGCCACAUGUCAUCGUUCUGUUGUAAGGUCUGUGGUGAGGCGUUCAGUCACGUCGGACACUUGCACGUCCACGUGCAAGUUCACACUCGAGAGAAACCUUAUCGCUGCGGAGUGUGUGGAAAAUGCUGCAGCUCCUCCGGCAGACUUCAGGAGCACCAGCGGAGCCACACGGGAGAAAAACCUUUUCGCUGCCAGAUUUGUGGAAAGGGCUUCACUCAGAUGGCUCAUCUGAAGGUCCACAUGAGGAUCCACACCGGAGAGAAGCCGUACAGCUGCCCCGUGUGCGGAAAGUGCUUCAGCCGCUCCGACAAAAUCAAAAGGCAUCUCCAGACGCACAGUCGGGAAGGGACCUACUUCUCAGGGCAGUAAUGGAAGCUAUUCUGUUGAGGAGUUAUCAUGGAAAACCUUUCAAUGAAAAGCAACAGCCGCUGCCACUAACAAGGCAGGUCUGCUUUGUAAGAAAGUAGAUCUGCUUCUGUAAAAAAAACUUAAUCAAACUACUCAGUCCCAUUUUACAUUUUGUAAUAGCCACUUUAGUAUGUUAUUUACAGUGUUUUGUAUUUACCAACAUGUAUUAAAUUAGACACGAUUUGAAUUAUUUGCUAGACUUUUCUGAAUUAUGUAGCAUUUUUCUGGUAAUACAGUUAGCAUGAAGUCUUCCACAGAAGUCCUGAAACGGAUGUAUUAAGACUAGCAAGAGUGACCAGCAUUUGGUUACUUUUCACUCAGUGACUCUUCAUCUGUGUGUCUGAAGUUUGUUUUCUUUCUUGUAUUCGUCUUAGAAUAAAUGAUACGUUGAAUUCUUAUAUUUUUUUUGGGAAGGAAAUCUUAUUUCAGAGGUGCACCAUGAAACAAGUUUAAAACGUAUAUUCUGCAGCUUCACAAAGAGCUGCCCAGUAUGAUUUGCCUGUGUCUGGCAAACAUAU